GCAUAUCCGUUCAUAUAUAUUUUAAUGUCUCAUAAGUCAGAAUCUGCAUAUAAACAUGUUUUGCAAUAUUUGCAAUCAAAUGUCAUCGAUUUGAAGCCGACGUCAGUAAUCACUGAUUUUGAAUGCAGUUUAUGUAAUGCUUUUAAAAGCGUAUACCCAACAGUGAAAACGGUUGGAUGUUGGUUUCACUACACGAAUGCUCUUUGACGGAAAGUUACGCAAAUUCCUGGAUUCACAGCUAAAUUGAACAGAGAUAAAAAUGCCAAAAACCUAUUUUCCAAAUUUAUGUAUCUACCAUUAUUGAAACCGGCUAAUAUUAUAGAAGCCUAUAGCAUUUUAAAACAAGAUGCUAUGGAUGUAAAAUUUGUUAAUGCAUCAAAUAAUACAGAAAGCUUCUUUAAACCAUUUAUAAAUUACUUCGAGCGACAAUGGAUGAAAAAAGAAAAACCUGUAAACUUUUCAGUGUAUAAAGAACCUGUCAGGACAAGUAAUUCUGCUGAAGGUUUCCAUAGCAGAUUGAAUAUGAAACUUCCAAAACGAGGCACGUUUUACAACUUCCUAGAAACCCUUUUCGAAUUAGAUUUUGUAAAAUCCAUGGAUUAUUCAAAAUCUAUUUCUGGUUGUACGAAUCUAUAUAAAUCAAAACCAUUCGGCAAUAAAGUUCGCGACAAAUUUAUUAAAAAACGGCUAGACUUAUUAAAAAACAAUAAAAUAUCUUUGAUGGAAAUUCUCAGUCAGUUUUCUAAAAUGGAAAACUGCAUACUUGCAGAAAAAUUCGUCAAUGAAAUCCAUAGUUCCGAUGAUGAUUAUGAAGACGACGACGACAGUAAUGAAGAUCAACAUUGUACAGAUCAUAUACAAACGCAACAAAAUAUGACAUUGUUAUGCGUAAUUUGCUGCGAAAGGGAAAGGGAACUCUUGUUCGACCCAUGUCAUCAUUAUAAAGUUUGUCAAACAUGCUUUCAAAAAAUGGAAGAAAACAGCAAAUUAAAGGGCGUACAAACAUUGUGCCCAAUUUGUCGCAGUAUAAUAAAAGAAGCAAAACAAAUAUUUUGUUAAUAAUACAAUUAAACUCAUAUGUUAUUAUAUACCUAGAACUAUAUUGAAAUAGUGUUUAAUUUUUUGUUACACGUAAUUUUUGGUUUUCAUGUUGUUUGAUUUGUU